CUCCUCUCCUCUCCUCUCCUCUCUCUUUUCUUUUUGCUGAUGUCCACAAGUCAAGUAAUUACUUGGAGGGCAAGAGGAACGAACAGCAUUCAGCGUAAAACAAAACGUUAGAAAAUAUCUGCUUUGCAGGGCAGGGCCUGCAAGGUGCUGGUGUCCGUGAGGAUAGGUUACUUUAGGGUAAAGAAUAGGCACCUUCCUGCCCUCAGAGGCAUUGCAGAUGUGGCUGGUGUGUUACACUUGUGUCAUUAGGUGGCAGAAAGAGAGGCUUGUCUACACUCAGUGUUCUGGCCUGUGAGCAUCUGGAUAAUUAAUAGUCUGACACUAGACCAAAAAAAAAAAAAAAAGACAUUCUUUCUGGCUAAUGUGCCAUAUUAGCAAAACAAAUGCCGUGGAGGAAAGAAUCGUGGUACGUCCUCUAGCAAUCUUGCUGCCAAAGCGUCUGCCACGCCAAAGGACAACCGCUGUGAGACCGUGGUGUCUGUUUGACGGCCGACGCCCAGGGCUUGCUGGUUCACCUCUGUGAGCCUUAGCUGUGCCAUCAUAGGGAGGACGGACGUCUUCCCUCAGCCAGGAAUGAGGAAUGGACGUGCAAGCACCGAGUGAACAGAAAGGCACCACAAGAACGUGAAAUAUGGGCUGGGCUGCCGCUCCUCCUGCUAUGAUGCCUGGGCAGAUUCCAGACCCUUCCGUGACUGCGGGCUCUCUGCCAGGGCUCGGCCCCCUGACCGGACUCCCCAGCUCAGCUCUGACUGCAGAGGAGCUGAAAUACGCCGACAUCCGCAACAUUGGGGCCAUGAUCGCCCCCUUGCACUUCCUGGAGGUGAAACUGGGCAAGAGGCCCCAACCCGUGAAAAGUGAGGCGGCUCUGUGCCCCUCACAGCUAGAUGAAGAAGAGGAGCGAAGGAAAAGGCGCCGGGAGAAGAACAAAGUCGCGGCGGCCCGUUGCCGGAACAAGAAGAAGGAGCGGACGGAGUUUCUGCAGCGGGGCAAUAAAUACCUACCAGAAGGCAAAACGAUAAACAAAAAUGCAAGCAGAGUUAUUUGCUUCGUAAUUAACAGGUGAAGAUCCUAGCCCACGUUUCUUAAUUAAUUAGGAAAACAGUUCAGGUGAUUGCUGUUAUAAAACCACAGACGACUUCUACAAUCAUGGUUAAAAAAAGAUUCUUCUGAACUCAUCUUCUACUUACACAAUAAAUAAAGACGUAGCACCACCCAAUAAAACUACAAAGCAGUCAGUUACAUUCCGACAGCCGGCCGGUCAGAGUUUAGGAUAUUCCAUGAUAUACUCUAACAUUUUAAAAC